AAAAGGAAAAUGAACACGUGGACAAUCCUCUGAAUUUGCCAUAUUCUUGUGACUUGCUCAAAGCUCAGAAAAGUCAUAUGCUUUUCCCGGUCCUCUCUCUCUCUCCUCCUUCAAUCCUCCAAACCCUAACUUUCUCAUUCGGCGCUUAAGAGAUUUGGUGCGAUGAUGUUGCGUGCUGUUAUAAGGAGAGCUUCCAGUAGAGGCUCUUCUGCUUCGGGAUUGGGAAAAUCACUGCAAUCUUCUCGUGUUGCAGCGUCUUCCCAAAGCUUUCACUCUGUUUCAGCUACCGAGUCGCUGGUGCCUCGUGGAAGCCAUGCUCGUAGCUUCCAUCGUCGUUCUUGUCCAGGGUGUUCAGAGUGCUCGAGGUCUGUUUUCAGCAGUUACCAAGGCACAGCCCUGCAGAGAUGGGUCAGGCCUUUUUCAUCUGAUAGUGGGGAUGUCGUGGAAGCUGUUGUGCCUCACAUGGGUGAAUCAAUCACCGAUGGAACCCUAGCCAACUUUCUGAAGAAACCUGGUGACAGAGUAGAGGCUGAUGAGGCUAUUGCACAAAUUGAAACUGACAAGGUGACAAUUGAUAUUGCUAGCCCAGCAAGUGGUGUGAUCCAAGAGUAUCUAGUCAAGGAAGGAGACACUGUAGAACCAGGAAACAAGAUAGCUAUUAUUUCAAAGUCUGCAGAUGCUGUGUCUCAUGUUGCACCCUCAGAAAAGACACCAGAGAAACCUGCUGCCAAGCCUUCUCCUCCUGCUGAGAAGCCCAAAGUUGAAACUACUAAAGUUGCGGAGAAACCCAAGGCAUCAUCACCGCCACCGCCGCCUAGACAGUCGGCUAAAGAACCGCAGCUUCCUCCUAAGGAUAGGGAAAGACGGGUUCCAAUGACAAGACUUCGCAAACGUGUGGCAACCAGAUUGAAAGACUCUCAAAACACUUUUGCGUUGCUUACAACUUUCAAUGAAGUUGAUAUGACUAAUCUGAUGAAGCUCCGAUCACAAUACAAGGAUGCAUUUUUUGAAAAGCACGGAGUGAAGUUGGGGCUUAUGUCUGGUUUCAUUAAAGCUGCUGUCAGUGCCCUUCAGCACCAACCUGUAGUAAAUGCAGUUAUCGAUGGAGACGAUAUCAUUUACAGAGACUACGUAGAUAUCAGUAUUGCCGUUGGUACCUCUAAGGGUCUUGUGGUUCCAGUCAUAAGAGAUGCUGACAAGAUGAACUUUGCUGACAUAGAGAAAACGAUAAACUCUCUUGCUAAGAAGGCUAAUGAAGGAACGAUAUCAAUCGAUGAGAUGGCUGGAGGAUCAUUCACAGUAUCUAAUGGUGGUGUCUAUGGAAGUCUCAUAAGCACUCCUAUCAUCAACCCUCCUCAGUCUGCGAUUCUUGGAAUGCAUUCGAUUGUGCAACGUCCAAUGGUUGUUGGAGGAAACGUGGUACCAAGGCCAAUGAUGUAUGUCGCACUGACUUACGAUCAUAGGCUGAUUGAUGGAAGAGAGGCUGUGUAUUUCUUGCGCCGUAUUAAGGAUGUUGUGGAAGAUCCUCAGAGGCUUCUUCUCGACAUAUGAAAGAAAAGAUUCGAGACAGAAAGAGAUCAUACUUCUCUUUAUUGUCUUCUUCUUUUUUUUACCAGUUUCCGUUCAGGUGACCAUUACAAAUAUUGCAAUCUGCAAAUGAUACUUUGAAGAAAGAAAAAAGAAAACACUUUUCUUGGGGUUUCUUAAUAGUUUCAAAAGAGUUUUUGCCGGGCGGGGGAAGCGUCGGUGUAUUGAAUUUUUAUUUUUCAUACACAGUAUGAACAAAAUGUUUACAAUUUUGACUUUAAAUAAUGCCACUGAUUAUUAUUUGGUAAAAGAUUUUCAUUUCCGUA